UUGUUUUCUUAGUAGUCUGUCAAAUAUAUCAUUGAUUUUUCUUCCAUGUAGAACGAUGGAUUCUGUAAACAGAGAUCCUGAUGGAUAUAAAUAUAAAUCAAAAUGGAAUCCUACUAGCACUGUUGAAUCAACUAACGCUAAAAUAAUAAGCAUUAGAUCAUCCGCAGAACAUAUGCUACAUAGUGCAAUCAUCAUGGCAGAAAUGGGAAUGGAUCUUAAAGAAAAAAGUGCCAAUGGAGAAAAGUAUGUGAGUUACUUAAGAAAUUUGGCUUUAAGAGCUGGAAAAACCAUAAAAUGUUUACAAGGUUCUGGAAAAUCAUUUCUUCUGCUUGCCCAAAAACUUAUUUUGUCCACACUAGCAACAUUAGACACCGUUGCAUUCUCAGACCCGGUUUGUUCAACAAUUAAAUUAGAAUAUGAAAAGCUUUUAUCAGUUGUUGAAAAAGAACUUGCUGAUCUAGAGGAUAUAGAGGCUACUGAUACUACUAUUCCAAGCAAUUUCAAAUCUCAAAGUAUAACGAAACUUUCCGAAAAAAUAAAAUACUUAGAAACGAAACAGAAGCUUGCAGACAAUACUCUUUUGCCUCCAUGCGGUAGUGCAAGAAGUGUGAAAUCAGAUAUUGAUGAAAAAUAUCCAGAAAAUCUAUCCCGAGAAUCUCUGAUAGAUUUAAACAACGUUGUAAAUUUACCUCCAGUUCCUGAAGAUAUUUUUACUAGCUUUUCAAAUAAACCUGUCAGAACGUCUAGCUUAUCGUCUUUAAAAAGUAUGAGAAAAGUUAAGCUUUUUCUACAAAGAGCUUCAAGUGGCUCAGAUGACGAAGACGAAAGUUGUUCGGAAAUCGAUGAUCCUUCAGAAUUUGCUAGAAUUGUUCCGGCUGAAGCUGAAGAAAAGGCUACUACUACUUCUCCGGCACCUACGAAGAAAAUUCAACUCAGUUACAUACAAGAGGAAGUUCCUGACUAA